UUACACGAGGGUGGGAGCGCAGAGAAGAUGCGCGUUCUUCCACUGUUCCUUAGCCGAUGGUCCUCUCUUCGGUACUUCUUCUCUUCGCUACUAAGACACCAGACGGUAAAGCUGCAUUCAUGUUUAGCCAGUGGAGCCCCUGCAUCUACCAGUAGAGACCUAGUAGAGUCUAACACCAAGGAAAAAGACUGUUCCGAGAGGCGGCCUACUAAUAACAGUGAAGCUCCUCAGGGGAAGAAAGAAGGGCCGUGGAGACCUCUGAAAAGACUGAGUCGGGAGGAGAUGAACCACAUGAGGUCGCUCAAGGAGCUCCAGCCUGAGGAGUGGACCAAUGGGAAACUGGCAAGAGUGUUUGGGGUGAGCGGCUCGGCCGUGAGGCGGAUUCUGAGGAGCAGGUUUGAGCCGAGCAGUGAGGUGGAGGCGAGACAGGAGAGGAGGGCAGAGGAGCUGAAGAGGAUAAGGAAGGAGAGACUGUCGGCUGGUGUGCACACUACUCCAAGACUAGAGCGGAGUCAGAAGCUAUAUAGAGCACAUGAGGGGCUGACCUUGACUGUGGCAGAGUCCAGAGAGGACCAGGUAGACCUGGAGAGCCAGCAGGACAGCAGAGAGGGCCACUCCAUCGUUGAGAACCAUAGCCAGAGGGAGCCACAGUGCCACUAACACUGGGACCAUCACCAACUGUACUGAUACUGGGAGACUCACCACCUCUCCACCAACCCUCUUCAAACUAACAUCUUCAACUUUCUCCGACUCAACAUCUUGAAGUUUGAAACCGUCACCUUUCUUCAAGCUAGCAGUAUCACC